AUGCACAACCAACCGGCGAUUUCACUAGCUACCACAAAAUCACGGGAACACCAUUGUGCGGCGAUUCCUCCUCCUGGUCCUUAUCUUUUCCUCGAUUUCCCCUGUCCCUUACCUCAUAUUAGCAAGUCUCCAAGUCUGCAGAAACGUUGGAAUAUCCAUGAUGAAAACCGCAAAUCAUAUGUGCUUAUGACUUGCAACCACAAGUGGAGAUCAUACAAAAAGAGGCUUAAAAAAAAUUUCUUGGUCAAUGAGAAUGAAAGAAAUCCACUUGAAACCUACUCAUAUCUGGAAAAGACAGCAUUGCAAAAAUUUAAGGAAAGGAUAUCAUCAAAGGAAUUCCAGGACAUAAGUGAGAAAGCAAGGAUUACUUCAAUGUGUAAUACGAAUCCAGCCCGAGUAGGCCCACAUGGUUAUCGGGGCAACAAACCUAAGUGGGAACAAGAGAAGGAAUCAGGUCAGCUGCCGUCACAGCUGUAUGAGAUAAAAAGCGAGCGUUCACUAGACUAUGUGUUGGGGAGAAGAUCUAAAAAUGAGUCAGGGUCAAAAAUAAUACCACCUAACAUGGAACCCAUAGUAAAAAAGCUUAUAGAUGUUCAAAAAGAAAUAUCCAAUGGUGAUUUGUUGCCGGGUCCUGGAGAAGAUUUGUUGACUAUGGCAAUAGGACCGGAGCAUCCUGGUCGCACUAGGGCGGUGGGGCAUGAUAUCGGCUUAAGAAAGGGGAUGCAAGGACUUGACAAAAAAAAGAGGAAAGUCGUGGACAAAGAACUUGUUAGUAAAAUGCAGGUCCAGUUAGAUGAAACUGUGACCCAAUUGGCAGAGUUAAGAACAUUGUUUGCGAUGCAAGGGUCUAGGAAUCAAGUCCCAAAUAAUGUAUGCUUCGAUGUUCAAAACAAUAGGUCUAGCUCGACGUCGACAUUGGAUGGUUUAGAUACGAUAAAGGCUAUUACUCAUUGUGAUUUGAUGUUACCUUAUGGUGAUAUGAACCAAAAAUGUGCCAGAGGGAUGGUCUUUCCUUAUAAUGAUGGGUUAAUUCACUCAGUUCCUUUACGCGAAAAUCACUUGAAGGUUAUGAUUGACAACAUAGAUGAAAGAUAUAAAGGUAUUCCUAUUCCUGUGAUGACAAAUGAAGUUGAUAUCCUAGAAGAUGCAGUUGGCACUGUAAUUCAAUGGCCACGGAUCGCAAUUGUUCUUAGUAAGGAACAACAAAGCAAGGUGCCAUCACAACAACAAAUUCAUACAACAAGUGCGCGACCAUCAACUGCAAAGGCUGUUAUAGAAAAAAACAUGCCUAACCAAAAGAUCAACAAACCAAGGCCAAUAGAAUCACUUCGUGACCUUUUGAAGACCAACCUAGUGGUUCAUGUGGUAGCCGAUGCUGGACAUCUAGAAGCUGGGGCGUUUGAUUUUUCAGUUACAUAUGAAGAUUAUUAUCGUUUGUUGAAAAAACAAACAACUAAUUUGUCCAUCAUAACAACUUGGCAGAUCCUUCUACACUUAAUGCUUCAGAAACGCAUAGGAAAGUGUGCUUUCCUAAACCCGUAUAAGAUUCUUGGAAAAGCUUGUCAGGAAACUCCGAUUGAUGUCGUCAAUUAUCUCGUUGAUGUGAUGCAACUUCAUCAUGGAAAAGAGUUUCUUAUCGCACCAUACCUGCAAAAUACGCAUUGGGUCCUCUUGGUGAUUUGCCCUUCAAAUCAUAUUGUAUACAUUUUGGAUUCUCUGAUGAAGCCUAUGAAAAAUCCGGUUGACAACUACUACCUGCUCCAACUUUUGAAAAAGGCUUCUGAGAUGUAUGAAAAGAACACAUCAAUUCCAAUUGUAUGGAAGCUCACUGAGUGCAACCAAGCUGGUGUAUUGGAACGUGAGUUGAGUGGGCAUUAUGUAAUGAAUUGGAUCUUUGAUUUUGUGUUGAACAGACAACAUGGAUUUCCGAGCAGAUUUGGUACCCUUUGGAAUGACAAAACUGCAUUUGAGGAAAAGUUGUUGGCUACAACUGUUGCUACAUGGGCCAGAGAAUUUCUGAAAAAUUUUAUGAAUGAUGUGGUUGUCUAAAAGUGUAUAUAAGUGGGGAUGAAGGAUAGCUGUUCUGUUUUGUUUUUAAGUGAGGUUGGAGGACAACUGCAACGCUUGAUUAUUGGACAACACUUGGGAAAACAAUUUUAUUUUUGAAUUUAUUGAUGCAAGUUUUAUGUAGCAUGAAAUGACAAAAUCAAGGAGUUUUU